AUGACGUCGUUUCUCGACAACGCGUACAGCUUGGUCAAGGACAGUGCCACCGAGGGCACGCCAACCUUGACUGAGCUGCGGACACAACUCGAAAAAGGCACCGACGACACCAAGGUUGAAACCAUGAAGCGCAUUUUGACCAUCAUGCUCAAUGGUGACCCUAUGCCUCAAUUGCUCAUGCACAUCAUUCGAUUCGUCAUGCCUUCCAAAUCGAAACCGCUAAAGAAGCUUCUCUAUUUCUACUACGAGAUCUGCCCCAAGCUCGAUGCCCAGGGGAAGCUAAAACAGGAGUAUAUCUUAGUAUGUAACGGCAUCCGGAACGAUUUGCAACACCCGAACGAGUUCAUUCGAGGCAACACGUUGCGCUUCCUCUGCAAGCUCCGGGAGCCUGAGCUCCUCGAGCCCCUGCUCUCCUCUGCGCGAUCGUGCCUGGAGCACCGCCAUGCCUAUGUACGGAAGAAUGCCGUAUUCGCCGUGUCCUCCAUCCACCAGCACUCGCCAUCGUUAAUUCCCGACGCCGCAAAGCUCAUCGCGACGUUCCUCGAAGGGGAGAGUGACCCCACAUGCAAGCGGAACGGUUUCGCUGCGCUUUCCAGUAUUAGCCACGACAAGGCGCUCGCAUAUCUCAGCACGGUGUUUGAUGGAAUCCCGAACGCGGAGGAGCUCCUGCAGCUGGUUGAGCUCGAGUUUAUCAGGAAAGAUGCCGUCCAAAACUCGCAAAACAAGGCGCGGUACCUGCGACUCAUUUUCGACCUUCUCGAGGCAAACACAUCCACAGUCGUUUAUGAAGCGGCAUCUUCGCUCACGGCGCUCACCAGCAACCCUGUAGCCGUCAAAGCGGCCGCGGCCAAGUUCAUCGAACUUGCGAUCAAAGAGGCUGACAAUAACGUCAAGCUUAUCGUGCUCGACCGGGUUGACCAGCUCCGUCAAAAGAAUGAAGGCAUCCUAGACGAUCUCAUCAUGGAGAUUCUGCGCGUCCUAUCGAGCCCCGAUAUUGAUGUGCGCAAAAAGGCCUUGGAGAUUGCGCUAGAGAUGGUUUCCAGCAAGAACGUCGAGGAGGUGGUGCUCCUUCUCAAGAAGGAAUUGUCCAAGACGGUCGACCAGGAGUAUGAGAAGAACAGCGAAUACCGCCAGCUCCUCAUUCAUUCCAUCCACCAGUGUGCCGUGAAGUUCUCCGAGGUUGCUGCCAGCGUGGUGGACCUCCUCAUGGACUUUAUUGCCGAUUUCAACAACACUUCUGCUGUCGACGUUAUUAACUUUGUCAAGGAGGUAGUUGAGAAGUUCCCGGCGCUGCGGCCAGCAAUCGCUCACAGACUCGUCGACACUCUUAGGGAGGUCCGCGCCGGCAAGGUCUACCGGGGUAUUUUGUGGAUUAUCGGCGAGUACUCGCUCGACGAGAAAGAUAUCCGGGAUGCGUGGAAGGGGAUCAGGGCUAGCCUUGGCGAGAUUCCCAUCCUGGCAUCGGAGCAAAGGUUGCUGGACAACAUGGAUAAUGACGAAGAGAACCAGGACGAGGGACAAGUCAACGGGCAUGCCAAACCGACCCCCGGCGGCUCCCGGAAGGUGCUCGCUGAUGGGACAUACGCCACCGAGACCGCUCUCACCAGCCAGUCUGCGGCUGCCGCUAGGCUGGAAGCCGUGAAGGCAUCCUCGAAGCCUCCUCUCCGACAACUCAUCUUGGACGGUGAUUAUUAUCUCGCAACCGUCCUCGCAGCCACGCUCACCAAGCUGGUCAUACGUCACUCUGAGAUCUCGUCCGAGGCUGGUCGCACCAACGCUCUCCGGGCAGAAGCCAUGCUCGCCAUGAUCUCCAUCAUCCGAGUUGGCCAGUCGCAGUUCGUGAAGGCACCUAUCGACGAGGAUUCCGUGGACCGAAUCAUGAGUUGCGUGCGGUCGUUGGCCGAGUUCAAAGAACACAAGGAGCUGGAGACGGUGUAUCUUGAGGACACCAGGAAAGCUUUCAGGGCCAUGGUACAGGUGGAGGAGAAGAAGCGCGAAGCGAAGGCGGCGUUUGAGAAGGCCAAGACUGCUGUGCAGGUGGAUGAUGUGGUUUCAAUCCGGCAGCUCUCUAAGAAGAAUGCUGUCGACGGCGCUGACGCUAUCGAACUCGAUCUAGAGCGGGCGGCGGGCGGCGAUACCAGCGCCGAUGAUGACUUGUCAGGCAAGCUUAGUCGCGUUGUCCAACUUACCGGCUUCUCAGAUCCUGUGUAUGCCGAGGCGUACGUCAAGGUCCACCAGUUUGACAUCAUCCUCGACGUACUCCUCGUCAACCAGACCACCGACACCCUGCAAAAUCUUACCGUCGAGUUCGCCACGCUCGGCGACCUCAAGGUCGUGGAGCGCCCGACGAGCCAAAACUUGGGCCCGCACGAUUUCCACAAUGUGCAAUGCACCAUCAAGGUGUCGUCGACCGACACUGGCGUCAUUUUCGGCAACGUUAUUUACGAGGGCGCGCACUCGACCGACACCAACGUCGUCAUUCUCAACGACCUGCACGUCGACAUCAUGGACUACAUCCAGCCGGCGACCUGCACAGAGACAGAGUUCCGUACCAUGUGGACCGAGUUUGAGUGGGAAAAUAAGGUCAACAUCAACAGCAAGGCCAAGACUCUGCGCGAGUUCUUGGACCAGCUCAUGGCGUGCACCAAUAUGAACUGCCUAACGCCGGACGCGAGCUUGAAGGGCGACUGCCAGUUCUUGAGCGCGAAUCUGUACGCAAGGAGUGUAUUCGGCGAGGACGCCCUAGCCAAUUUGAGCAUCGAGAAGGAGGGUGAUGACGGCCCGAUCACCGGGUUCCUGAGGAUACGUAGCAGGUCUCAGGGGCUAGCGCUGAGCCUGGGGUCGCUCAAGGGGCUGAACAAGAUCGGCUCGGUUGCUGCUUGA